UACCGUUGAAUAUGUUAACACACUUCUCUUUCAGGCCCGAUGGCAAUUCUAGGGUUUCUCCUCCACAAAGAGUAGCAAACAGAAAAAUCUAGACUGCAUGCCACGAAUGCACCGCGUGCCUUUGAGGACGUUGUCUUUCCCCUGGAAAUUCCUUUCAUGACAAAACCGUCACACACACAGGAAUUUGUCUAAACGGUGACUGUUCAAGUGAACAUGUUGAAAAUCACGUCGCCGUGUCAUGUUUCCAUUCACGAUUUUGGGCAUCAAUCACACGUUAAUUCAGUUCGCACGGCUGCACUUCGUGGAGGAUCCCCGACGGGCGGCCUGCUGUGACACACACGCUAAAGAAGAUCGAGAUUGCCACCCCCUCCUUUCUCCUCCCUAUUACCAGCCGGCCGACAGUUCGGUCUGAGAUAGGUGUUAAACUUCCAUCCAGGCUACACGCCUAUCGUCCCCGGUGAUCAGGGAACAGGUUCGACCAGAGGCACAGGAGAGCUCGUCAUCGCAGGGUUGGACGAGAAGCCUCUGAGCGACAACAGGAGAAGGGAAGGGCAACUCCUAAUGCAACGUAAUGUUCCUGAACGCGCGACAGCUGAUUUGACCUUUAGCCCAAAUCCUGACAGAUGGACGUUUGCGAAGUGGCCUAAUGAAAAGGUUUUCAGAUUGGGUCAAAGGAAAAUCUCGACCUUUAAUCUAUUCAGGUAUUUUCAAAAAGGUCCAACCUGUUGAGUUAGUUUCUUCUUUAUCUUCAUGUGCGUAAUUAACUGGUUUUCGUUGCUUUCACCCGUGGCUCUCGGUUUCUUCAACCCGGGCAUGUCACCCCAUGGCCUCAUCCCCUUCCUUCACUGCCACCGAUGAGACAGUCCAAUCACAAUCAGGCUAUGUGAGGAUAGGAAGGUGGAGCUAAGCAUUGAAACAGGGUGUGGUCCUGAAACCAGCAAGGUCUGCAGUGGUGCCCCGGGGUUUAAAUUGAUCCCAGUCCCAUAGUUACCACAGCCGGCCUCUCAACUUUUAUUCAUCUCACUCUUCCUUCCUUUUGCUCGUCUCUUGAGCUGUGAAGCUUUGAGGUGUAUUCAGGGAGCUCGUGUGCCAUCUGAGACAAAGACUGGAGGCCUCGGGGGAAAGCCGUGCAUGUAUGUGGCUCCGCUCUCGCUGAUUGAGCUGUUUCUCUGGAUUGAGGCUCUGCAGCUGCUUCCCCCUCACAGGAGUGAGUGCCGAGGACCCGUGGGCUGCCGUGGUUUAAUAGAUAGAAGUAACCAGGAGUCACCAUGCUGAGAGACGCUGCUUCCAUCUAUUCAAAGUUCCAAAACAAUUUGGACUCAUGGGUUGAUGUCCGAGUCAAGGACUACCCGCUGAUGCAGGGCCCUUUAAAGAUGACCGUGCUCCUAAUAGCGUACGUCGUCUUCUCCAAGUACAUCGGACCUCGCCUUAUGGCCAACCGUAAGCCCUUCCAUCUCAACAAGGCCAUGAUCGUCUACAACCUCAGCAUGGUUCUACUGAACGCCUACGUGGUGUACGAGUUCCUGGUGUCUGGAUGGGGCACCACUUACACGUGGAGAUGUGACCUUGUGGACACGUCGACCAGCCCAGAGACUUUUCGGAUGAUUCGAGUGUGUUGGUUGUUUUAUUUUUCAAAAUUUAUCGAACUCCUCGACACAGUGUUCUUUGUGCUGAGGAAAAAGCAAAGCCAGAUCACAUUCCUCCACGUGUUCCAUCACUCCUUCAUGCCCUGGACGUGGUGGUGGGGCCUCACACUGACUCCUGCUGCAGGAAUGGGCUCCCUUCAUGCCUUGGUGAAUGCAGCCGUCCACGUCGUCAUGUACUUCUAUUACUUACUCUCUGCUGCUGGGCCUCGCUUUCAGAAAUACCUGUGGUGGAAAAAAUACAUGACCGCCAUUCAGCUUACCCAGUUCAUUGUGGUCUCCGUCCACAUCAGCCAGUACUACUUCAUGGAAAAGUGCGACUACCAGAUUCCGAUGUGGAUCCAUCUGAUUUGGAUGUACGGCAUCUUCUUCUUCCUCCUCUUCUCCAACUUUUGGAUCCAGGCCUACAUAAAAGGAAAGCGGCUUCCCGUCGUGGAGCACAAACCCAGACAGAACGGCUCAAACGGUGAAGCUGUCUCUGUGGUGGCCAAUGGGAAACACCUGCAGAACGGGAACGGGCACCACCACACCAACGGCAAAAUCAUCCUGGGCAAAGCAAAGGAAAUCUGACUCUGUAGAGCUGCCUUGGAAAAGUUAUUCGUAUCUAGCAGCAUAAUGAAACGGCACUGAUUUCGCGGUGUCACUUCCAAACUAGAUAACCUCUAUAUAAAUACUUCUUUUUCUUAUGCACACUUGUUGGGAUAUGUGUUUUGGUGGUGAUCUCCACUGGCCGAAUUGUGUUUGAUAGCCGUUGUGAAAACUGUUAACUGUGAUGAACACUAUGGAAAAUGGUGCUCAUUUUGUCACGUAUAGUAUUCCUCGACUCAGGCUUGACCCCCACGAGCUCAAUACACACUUUGUCUGGCAUGACCCUUGUUGCACCGUUUCCACUGAAGACCAGCACAUAUAAACCACUUCUACAGACUUUGUCCAAACAAAGCUUUCAUUGUAAAUGUCAAAUAUUUAGUUUAGUUUUUUUAUUUAUCUUUUGAAAUAAAACUUUUUUUUUUUUUUUUAGAUAAAGGUCUGUCAUUUUGAAAGUAGUUAUGUGCACUUUCUAACACCUCAACGUUAAGACUUGUGGCAAACAUGUUAUACUGUAUAUUACAGUAUUUUUUUUUUGUUAAAUUAGGUAGUGACAUUGAAUUCUGCAACAUGGUCAAAUCACAGCUCACUGGGCAUGAAGUGAAUAGCAAGUCCUGUUUUGAAUUCAAAUUGAAUGAGUGUACAGUGUCUGAAUACCACUGCGGUUCAUUACACAUGUGCACUGAUGACUGUUGAAGAUCUAGUUUUGAAGGACUGCUUUUAAAACUUGUAUUGCCACAAUGGAAUAGGAGUGGAUGUGUAACCAGGAGUGGUUUUAUACAUUACAAUUAAAUGUUUAGAUUGUUCGGUUUCUGACUUGCGCAGAAUUAAAAUCUAAAUGUUU